GUGACGCACCAAAGAUGGCGGCGCCCAGUGAGGUGGCGUGAAAGUUGUGGGAAGUCGGUGUGGCGGGGUGCGUGAAUCAGAAGCUUGGAGGACCUGGGAGCCAUGUCGCGACUGAUCGUGAAGAACCUCCCUAAUGGGAUGAAGGAGGAGCGGUUCCGGCAGCUGUUUUCCGCCUUUGGCACACUGACUGACUGCAGCCUUAAGUUUACCAAAGAUGGCAAGUUCCGCAAGUUCGGCUUUAUAGGCUUCAAGUCGGAGGAGGAGGCGCAGGCAGCACUGAGCCAUUUCAACCGGAGUUUUAUUGACACAUCCCGGAUCACGGUGGAAUUCUGCAAGUCCUUUGGAGACCCAACGAAACCCCGAGCCUGGAGCAAACAUGCCCAGAAGCCCAGCCAGCCCAAGCAGUCAUCACAAGACUCCAUUCCCUCAGACACUAAAAAAGAUGACAAAAAGAAAAAGGUGCCCAGUGACCUGGAGAAGCUGAAGGAAGAUGCCGAGUUCCAGGAGUUCCUGUCGAUUCACCAGAAGAGGGCCCAGGUGGCCACGUGGGCAAACGAUGCUCUGAACACCGAGCUCCCGAGUGCAAAGACCAAGCCAGCGAGUGACUAUCUGAACUUUGACUCCGACUCAGACUCAGGACAGGAGAGUGAGGAGGAGCCGACUGGAGAGGAACCUGAAGAUGAGCAAGGCCUGCAGACAAAGGCAGCCACGCAGAAGGAACUGUCCGACAUGGACUACCUGAAGUCCAAGAUGGUGCGGCGGACUGAGGUGUCCUCCGAGGAUGAAGAGGACAGCGAGGAUGAGGCAGUGAACUGUGAUGAGGGCAGCGAGAAGGAGGAAGAGAAGGAGGAGGGCUCCCCUUCCUCCCCAGCCCCGCAGAAGAGUACGAGUUGGGCAGCCUCCACUGACAAGGUAGAGAAACCAGUCGGCAAGAAGGAACCCACCACCCCUUACACCGUGAAGCUCCGGGGAGCCCCCUUCAAUGUCACUGAGAAAAACGUUACGGAGUUCCUGGCGCCCCUGAAGCCAACGGCCAUUCGAAUAAUGAGAAACGCCCACGGGAACAAAACAGGGUGUGUCUUUGUGGACCUCAGCAGUGAAGAAGACGUGAAGAAAGCUCUGAAGAGCAACCGGGAAUACAUGGGUGGACGCUAUAUUGAGGUCUUCAGGGAGAAGGCCCCCAAGGCCCACAGCCCCCCAAAGAGCAGCACCACACCCUGGAAGGGCCGCACGCUCGGGGAACAUGAGGAGGAGGAGGACCUGGCCGACUCUGGGAGGCUCUUUGUGCGGAACCUGUCCUACACCAGCUCUGAAGAAGACUUGGAGAAGCUGUUCUCUGUCUAUGGUCCCCUGUCAGAACUCCACUAUCCCAUCGACAGCCUGACCAAGAAGCCCAAAGGUUUUGCCUUCGUCACCUUCAUGUUCCCUGAGCACGCGGUGAAGGCCUAUGCCGAGGUAGAUGGGCAGGUAUUCCAGGGCAGGAUGCUCCACGUCCUUCCUUCCACUAUCAAGAAGGAAGCCAGCCAGGAGGCAGAUGCCCCGGGAUCCUCUUACAAGAAGAAGAAGGAAGCCAUGGACAAAGCCAACAGCUCCAGUUCUCACAACUGGAACACGCUGUUUAUGGGACCAAAUGCUGUAGCUGAUGCCAUUGCACAGAAGUACAACGCCACUAAGAGCCAAGUGUUUGAUCACGAGACCAAGGGCAGUGUGGCAGUGCGUGUGGCUCUGGGGGAGACCCAGCUGGUCCAGGAGGUUCGCAGCUUCCUUCUCGACAAUGGCGUUUGCCUGGACUCUUUCAGCCAGGCUGCAGCAGAGCGAAGUAAGACUGUGAUCCUGGUGAAGAACCUCCCAGCAGGCACGCUGGCAGCCGAACUCCAGGAGAUCUUCGGCCGCUUUGGCAGCUUGGGCCGUGUGCUGCUGCCUGAAGGUGGCAUCUCAGCCAUUGUAGAGUUCCUGGAGCCCCUGGAGGCCCGUAAGGCCUUCAGGCACCUGGCCUAUUCCAAGUUUCAUCAUGUCCCGCUGUACCUGGAGUGGGCUCCAAUUGGUGUCUUUGGCGCAGCCCCACAGAAGAAAGAUUCCCAACCUGCGCAGACUGCAGAGAAAGACAAGGCAGAGUCAGAGACAGCGCUCGACCCAGAGGGUGAAAAGAUGUCAGGGGAAGGAGCAGAGGCCCCCACAGGCGAGAUGGAAGAGGAGGAGGAAGAGGAGGAGGAGGAGGAAGAAAGUGUCCCAGGAUGCACUUUAUUUAUUAAGAACCUCAACUUCAGCACCACAGAGGAGACGCUGAAGGAAGUGUUUUCCAAAGUGGGAGCCGUGAAGAGCUGCACCGUGUCCAAGAAGAAGAGUAAAGCAGGAGUGCUGCUUUCAAUGGGAUUUGGGUUUGUGGAAUACAAGAAGCCAGAGCAAGCCCAGAAAGCCCUCAAGCAGCUCCAGGGUCACGUCGUGGACGGCCAUAAGCUGGAAGUGCGAAUCUCUGAACGGGCCACCAAGCCUGCCUUGACAACCUCUCGGAAGAAACAGGUCUCCAAGAAGCAGACGACCUCCAAGAUUCUGGUGCGGAAUAUUCCCUUCCAGGCCAACCAGAGGGAAAUCCGGGAGCUUUUCAGCACCUUUGGGGAGCUGAAGACAGUGCGCCUGCCAAAGAAGAUGACAGGGACGGGAGCACACCGGGGCUUCGGCUUUGUGGACUUCGUCACCAAGCAGGAUGCAAAGAAAGCCUUCAGCGCCCUCUGCCAUAGCACUCACUUGUAUGGCCGGAGGCUGGUCCUGGAGUGGGCAGACUCGGAGGUGACUGUGCAGGCCCUGCGGAGGAAGACGGCCAGACACUUCCAAGAGCCCCCGAAGAAAAAGCGAUCUGCAGUGUUGGAUGGGAUCCUGGAGCAGCUGGAAGAUGGGGACAACGACGAUGACAACGAGCAAGCUCUUCAGCUGUGAGCACCCGCACUGGGGAGCCCACGUGAGGUGGCUCCUUUCAGGGACACAGACCCGACAUCCUCCUCUCCUUGUUCCCGAGGAGCAGAGACUCUGUGGUGGGUGACAGUGCACAGCCAGUGUAGAGCCCAUGGCAGGAGUAAGCCGCUGUCUAGGCGGGGACUCGCACCUCAGCCCCAUUCACCAGCCACCCCAGCUGCACCCAGCCAGACUCCUGCAGCCAUCUCACCCUCUGCAGCACUGCCGGCCUGAGGAUGGAGCUGCGGACGCCACCUCAGACACAGGGCCCUUCCCAGACCUGGAGCACCACAUUCCAAGCACUGAUGCCAGGUUCGCAGAUAUCACCAUUGCCUCUCAAGGUGGAGGCCCUGGGAGCCCUGUCCAAGCCUCGCCCUGGGCCAGUUCACCAACUGCAAAAGAGAACAUGGCAUCAGGCAGGGAGCGGGACCACAGCCCUUCACCCACUGUCCAGCCUCAGCUCCAACACCCCUAGCGUGCAGUUUCAGACCUACAUCAUUUUGAGCUCCAGUGGUGUCUGCUCAGUGCAGGCGAUGGGCUGGCCAUGGUAGUCUCAGAUAGCCACACCAUGUUCAACCAUCUAACCCAGGAAGACCUGAGACGACUCCUCCCACUUCUGAGCCAUUGUCAUCUGGACUGUGGGUGCUGGACAGGACUCAGACUUUUUGGGGGGAAUCUUAGCCUGUGUGGUUUUUGAGGGGAUGAGGUCCUGCUUUUCAUAGUGGCCUGUACCAAAGCUGGGACCACACCCUGUGGGUGGGGCUGGCACUUUGUUACAGUCCAAGGGCGCUGAGAGUUAGGCAAUAAAAGUCAGAACCUAGAGUGGCUCAGCUCCCCCUACCUCAUUUCAGAUAUCACCCUACACCACCUCCAAACCUGGGUGUCUCUAUGUCUUUCUUGAGACAUAGCAGUCCUUGCUGGAAGGACUCCAGAGGCUGUCCUCAGUCUUGAGAUGCACACGCGGGGUGCUAGAGAGAUGUCUCACCAGUUAAGAGACUGUGCAGUUUUUCCGGAAGGCCCAGGUUCAGUUCCCAGCAGCCAUCUGCAGUGAGCCACCUUGCUCACUGCCACGCCAAGGCUGGGCCAUCAGGAACCAUGGAAGACAGGAUGGGAAGUUUCCCUGUCCUACCAAGAUGUGCCCACAUGUCACAGAGAGCCUGGGGCAGAAAGCCACGGUCUGUCACCAGCAUAAACUCCGCAGGAUGACACAGGAGCAGCUGGCCUCUGCGACAGUGACCCUCUAAGCUCUAGAGUUCAGCAGGCAACUUUUGAGUCCUCCAGCCUCCUGAGUUCAGGUCCCCAGCACCUACGCAACAGCCAGACAAGGUGGUGUGUACCUGUAAUCCCUGAUUUUUAUGGGGUAGAGAGACAGACAGGUCCUCAGGGCUCAGUGGGCAGCCAGCCUAGCCAAUCAGUGAACUCCAGGUUGAGUAAGAAUCUGAGUCAGAAAUUUACAAAGAAUAAUAAUAAAAAAAAAAAAGUGGAAAGGCGACCCUCUGGCCUCCACCUGUACCCCUCUCUACCCCCAUCCACACACAUACAUAAAUAGCCUGCAGGAGGCCAGAGCCCAGCACAGCUGGGGAGCCUAGAAGAGGGUAGAGCAAGCCUGGGCCCUCACUGAGCCUCACCAGACAGGGGCCUGGAGGACGUGGUUUCCGGCCAGCAGGUCAGGGGUAGGAGACUAGACUCAUUACCCAGGAAGGCUUUGGUGGUUUGGGACAUGAAUACCCUUCCAAGAACCCAGCUGGGAAGGGAAAUGGGGAAGGAGAGUAGAGUCUGAGCCAGCAUGAAGUCCUGAGAUAGAGAAUGCCACUGCCCUCUGUGCCAGUUCCAGCACAAGCACCCUGGCGCCUCUGGAAGGCACCAGCAUGCUGUCACACUCCAUAAGGGACAGACAGACAUCAGAACAUCCUAUAGCGGCUGGGGAAGUGCCAGAGGUUGGAGGUAAGAGUCAGUGAUACCUGACCUUCAUUCUUGCAUUCAUUCCUCAAACCCAUGCUGGACCUGGACCUGAGGACAAACCCGGGUGUCUCUAUGUCUUUCUUGAGACAUGGCAGUCCUUGCUGGAAGGACUCCAGAGGCUGUCCUCAGUCUUGAGAUGCACACGCGGGGUGCUAGAGAGAUGUCUCACCAGUUAAGAGACUGUGCAGUUUUUCCGGAAGGCCCAGGUUCAGUUCCCAGCAGCCAUCUGCAGUGAGCCACAUUCAAAACUGCCAGCCACUCGAGCUCCAAAGGAUCCGGUGCCCCCUUCUGGAUUCUGCAUGCACUUGUACUCAGGUGGCACACAA